AUGGAAGAGGCAAACACACGAAGUGGUAGAACAACCGUGGCUAUGCGAGAGUACUACUGUUACAAGUUCCAGAUUCGAUCUACCGAUAAUCUGCUUUUGUUCGGUGGUAGGCUGCUACAGCAGUUUGUGGUUGAUGUUUACAUCAAAAUUGAGACAGUCGGGAAAAGAAUUGUGUUGCCUGCAUCUUUCAUCGGGGGGCCUCGCGACAUGCGACGUCGGUUUCUAGACGCGAUGAUGUUAGUUCAAGAUGACGGCAAGCCUGAUGUAUUCCUUACAAUAACAUGUAAUCCUAAGUGGCCUGAGAUAUGUGAUAACUUACAUGUUGGUCAAACUGCUACAGAUCGUCCAGACCUUGUUUCAAGAGUGUUCCGGGCUAAAUUAGAAGAUCUUAAGGAUCAACUCUUCAAGAAACAUGUCCUCGGGGAAGUUAAGGCAUACGUCUAUGUCAUUGAAUUUCAAAAGAGGGGUUUGCCGCAUGCACAUUUUCUCCUAAUCAUGUACCCGCAACACAAGAUCAAUAACGCGGACCAUUAUGAUAAGGUUGUGUGUGCUGAAAUUCCUAACAAACUAACACAUCCCAGAUUGCAUGAGAUGGUUGUCAAGCACAUGAUUCACGGUCCUUGCGGCAAUUUACGAUCAAGCAGUCCUUGUAUGCAGGGUGAUCCUAAAAUUUGUCGUUUUCACUAUCCUAGACAAUUUAACGAACAGACGACACAAGGAGAAGAUUCGUAUCCGUUGUAUCGAAGGAGAGACACCGGGAUAGAAGUGGACCUACGAGGACAAACACUUGAUAAUAGAUGGGUGGUCCCAUAUAACCCAAGGCUUUUGAUGAUGUUUAACUGCCACAUGAAUGUUGAAGUUUGCUCAAGUAUAAAAUCUGUGAAAUAUCUUUUCAAAUAUGUUUAUAAAGGACAUGACAAACAGGUUAUUCAAGUCGAUCAAAGUGAGCCAGGGGUUGUUAUUAAUGAGAUAAAAAGAUUUCAAGAUGCACGCUACAUAUCGCCCCCAGAGGCUAUGUGGCGCAUUUUUUCCUUCUCUCUUUCUCAAAUCUUUCUUGCUGUUCUAGCCUUACAACUUCAUCUCCCAAAUAAUCAGAUGGUUAGAUUUAGAGAUGAUGACUUGAUGCCUAAUAUUGUUGAUAGGGAAAGGGAUAAGAGAACCAUGCUAACAUCAUUUUUUGAGAUAAAUAGAAACGAUGAAACAGCAAGGGUACAUUUGUAUAAAGAUUUUCCAAAACACUUUACGUGGAAUGGAAGCACACGCCGUUGGAGUCGUCGUUUCGGUAAAAAACAAAGAGGUCGUAUCGUUUCCGCUAAUCCAGCCGAAGGAGAAAGGUACUACUUACGCCUACUUUUGUCAAAUGUCAGAGGGCCUACUUCUUUUGAACAUCUUUGCACAGUUAAUGGUCAACAGUGUGCGACAUUUCGGAAAGCAGCUCUUGAGUUAGGCUUAAUAGAAGACGAUGAAUAUCUAUCACAAUGUCUCGAAGAAGCCUCUACGUUUCAGUUUCCCAAUGCUCUUAGAAGGUUAUUUGCGACCAUAAUGAUUUUUUGCCAACCUGGAGAUAUUCGAAAGUUAUGGAAUGACCACUUUGAUUCACUGUCUGAAGAUCAUCGGUUACACUGUCAAAGUAUAGAACGAGUUCAAAAUAUGGUUCUUACCGAAAUUAGUGUCUUGGUACAAUCCAUGGGUAAAAAUUUCAAUGAGUUCGACCUUCCUAAGAUAACAAACGAUGUUAACUUACAAGAUGCAGGUUAUCGUGAGUUACAAGAAGAGUAUGGGAUUGUUUUGGAACCUGAACACUUGAGUGCCAAAGAUUCACUUAAUCCGGACCAAAAAAACGUGUUUGAUGAGAUCAUGAUGCAUGUUGAUAAUGAUCUUCCAGGCGUGUUCUUUAUUGAUGGUCCAGGUGGAACUGGAAAAACAUUUUUGUACAUUGCCUUGCUUACUGAAAUUCGAUCACGUGGUCUUAUUGCUCUCGCAACAGCAUCAUCAGGUGCAGCGGCUAAUAAUAUGCCAGGAGGUAGAACGGCUCACUCGAGAUUCAAGAUUCCUCUUAAUCUUGAAAAUAAUUCAAUGUGCAAUAUCAAAAAACAGAGUGGGGCUGCUAAACUGAUUUGGUCUGCCAAAAUAAUCAUAUGGGAUGAAGCGUCGAUGGCUAAACGACAGGCGAUAGAGGCAGUCGAUCGUACAUUCCAAGACAUUAUAGGUGUUAGUCUCCCAUUUGGUGGAAAGAUAAUGGUUAUGGGAGGUGACUUCAGACAAGUGUUACCGGUUAUUAAACGUGGCACUCGAGCACAGAUUGUAGACUCCAGCGUACGAAUGUCACCUCUUUGGUCUUUGACUAAGAAGAUGCGGUUGACCAUAAAUAUGAGAGCGCUAAAAGAUCCAUGGUUUUCUAAAUUUCUUUUAAGAGUCGGCGAUGGAACUGAAGAACCAAUCGAAGGAAACUAUAUCCGCAUACCCGAUGACAUGACAAUUCAGUGCAACAACAGAGAAAACGCUAUAAAAGAAUUGAUCCAUGCCAUCUUUCCAUCAAUUGAAGAUAAUGUAUAUUCUUCAGAUUAUAUAAUCUCUAGAGCAAUAUUGUCCACUAAAAAUGACAGUGUUGACGAGAUUAAUAAUCAAAUGAUUGAAAUUUUUCAAGGGGAGGAAAAAGUUUAUUACAGUUUUGAUGAAGCUGAAGACGAUCAGCGCAACUUCUAUCCGGUCGAGUUCUUAAACUUGCUAAAUGUUAGUGGUUUGCCGCCUCAUAAGCUUCGUUUAAAAAUUGGAUGCCCAAUAAUAUUGUUACGUAAUAUCGAUCCAUCACAUGGCCUGUGUAAUGGCACGCGAUUGAUAUGUAAGGGUUUCAUGCGAAAUGUUAUUGAUGCGGAAAUUGUAGUCGGUCAACAUGCCGGCAAAAGAGUUUUUUUGCCAAGAAUCCCUCUAACCCUUUCUGAAGAUGACAUGUUCCCAUUCAAGCUGAAAAGAAAACAAUUUCCAAUUCGACUUAGCUUUUCCAUGACGAUUAAUAAAGCUCAAGGUCAAACAAUUCCGAACGUUGGUAUUUAUCUUCCGGAUUCUGUAUUUUCACAUGGACAACUUUAUGUCGCGUUAUCAAGAGGGAUUUCAAGACAAAGUACGAAGGUGUUGGUACAUCUCGCCAAAGAAUUCAAACAAAGCGGAGUUUACACAUCAAAUGUUGUCUACCAGGAAGUGUUGCGUGAUUAA